GAGAGAGAGAGAGAGAGAGAGAGAGAGAGCAGGCAACAACCAAGAAGAAAGAAGGAGGCCAAGAUGAGGUGCUUGGCUUCCAUUCCCUGCCUGUCCCUCCUCCUCUCGCUAUUCUUCUCUUCCGCCGUCGCAGCGAACUUCACCUGCAAUGUCUCCCCCAACGCCACCUGCCGGGGGCUGGCCGGCUACGUUGUCCCCAACGCCACCACCUACGGCCGCAUCCAAAGCCUCUUCCAGGUGGACACCCUCGCCUCCCUCCUCGGCGCCAACAACAAAUCCCUCUCCACCCCCGCUACCCAGCCCGUCCCGGCCAAAUCCACCGUCUUCGUGCCAUUCCCCUGCCGCUGCGCUGACGGCACCGGGAAGUCGGAUGGUGUCCCGGUCUACACGGUGACGGCGAACGACUCUGGCCUCGACGCCAUCGCGCGGUACACCUUCGACAGCUUCGUGACCUACCAGGAGAUCGCCGAGGCCAACAAGGAUAAGAUAACGAACGUCAACGUGAUCACCGCGGGAGAGAAGCUGUACAUCCCCCUGCCGUGCAGCUGCGACCCGGUGCAGGGCAAGGAGGUGGCGCACCUGGCGCAUAUCGUGGCCGCCGGGAGCUCCGUGCCGAAGAUAGCGAAGGAGUUCGGGACCGACGAGAACACGCUGCUCCAGUUGAAUGGAAACUUCGAUCCCAAGAACCUCCAGGCCGGUCAAAUCCUCGAUGUCCCUCUCACUGUUUGUUCAUCCUCAAUUUUAUCCACUUCUUUGGACUACGACUUUAUGCGCCUCCCCGGUAACAGCUAUGCGCUCACCGCCAAUGGCUGCAUCUUCUGCAGCUGCAAUGCCGACACCUACCAGUUGGACUGCAAACUAAACCAAAGCAUGAGCUCUGCGUGCCCUGUGGAUCGAUGUGCAGGAGAUCGGCAACUUGGCAACACAUCCACCUCUGGAUGCGAGGUCACGACAUGCGACUAUGCCGGCUAUACCAAUUCUUCUGCAAAGGGAUUUGAUAUCCAUACUGUUCUCACCACUAACAAAACCAUGUGCAACAACUCUGCGCCGGCUGUGCUGGGACUGAAGGUGUGGGCAGGGCUUCUUAUACUCCUUCAUAUGGCUUUCGGUUCUUGUUUCCUGUGACAUGGGCGAAUUUUAUUGUUUUUCCAAUAGGGUUGUUGCAUCUGUACGUUUUAUUCCUCUAAUUCUUAUUCUCUAUCUUCUCUGAUUCAUGGACAAUAAGUCUUUGGAAGUUUAUAUACUUCCAGCUCCCGAACUCAUGAGGUUCUCAACAGAAUGAAGAUUUUCUUGAGCUACAUUUUUUGGUA